AGAAAAUUUUUUUAAAAUGGCUGGCAAAUACCAUGUAAGAUCAAUUAGCUUGCCUUCAAGAUCACAUCCUACCACCCUUAGAAUUGAAGAUGAGCUGAACAGGCUCAAAACUUGGGAAGCAUCACUUUUGUCAACAUCUGAGUCGAUUUGUGCUGGUCUUUCGGGACUGGAAGACUUGUAUCAGUGCAUGGAUGAUCUUCUCAACAUGGCUUCGACCCAACAAGUCCUCUGCCUGCAUCAACACGAGCAAUGUAUUGAUGAAUUGUUGGAUAGAUCUGUGAGGCUUUUAGAUAUCUGUAGUAUUGCAAGGGAUUACAUGUUUCAACUCAAGGAACAUGUUCAUGCUCUUCAAUCUGCUCUCCGAAGGAGGAAGGGAGAUUCAAGCAUUGAGAACAACAUUAUUAAUUACACUUGCUUCAGGAAGGAGAUGAAGAAGCAGGGCAAGAAAUUGAUCACAGAAUUGAAGCAAAUGGACAACAAACUUGGAGCAGCACCCCUCCUGGAUCAGGAUCAUCAUUUCUCAGCUGUGAUUCGGGUGCUAAGAGAAGUUAAUGUAAUGAAUACUUCUAUCUUCCAAUACCUUUUCUCAUUUUUGUCAGCACCAGUUUCCUCAAAGCAAACAAGAUGGUCUCUGGUCUCAAAACUGAUGCACAAGGGGGUAAUAUCAUGUGAAGAGAAGCAAGAGAAUGUAAAUGAAUUGGAAAGCGUGGAUGCUGCACUUCGCAGACACACAUCCGAUGUUGAGAAGAUGAAAAUUGCACAUAAAAGAUUGGUGGCUUUGGAGAGUAGCAUUGAAGGCCUAGAGAACCGUCUGGAAUGCGUAUUUAGGCACUUAAUCAAAGCAAGAACCUCUCUCUUGAACGUUAUCUCUCAAUAG